AUGGAGAAGGACGAGUCGAUCUUACCGAGAUGGGUCUGUGACUACCGUGAGCUCAAUGAGGGAACUGUUCGGGACCGCACACCCCUACCACUUCCAGACGAGAUUCUGUCGGUCUGCUCGAAGGCCCGAUUCUGGGGGAAAAUUGACAUGACUAAUUCGUUCUUCCAAACCAAAAUGGCGGAGGACGACAUCACAAAGACGGCGGUCACAACACCAUGGGGCCUGUUCGAGUGGACCGUGAUGCCCAUGGGACUCUGCAACGCGCCAGCAACACACCAGAGGCGCGUCAACGAGGCAUUAGGGGAUCUCAUUGGGGAAGUGUGCUUCGUGUACCUCAACAACAUCACCAUCUUCGCCGACACGUUGGAGGAACACGAACGGCGAGUACGACUGGUCUUGGACGCAUUGAGGAAGGCAGACCUGUAUGUCUCACCCAAGAAAAUGGAACUCUUCGCGGACGAGUGUUUCUUCCUGGGCCACCAGAUCACGCGCGCAGGCAUCAGUGUUGAUCCCGAUAAGGUACAACUUAUCCAGAACUGGCCACGACGAACGACCGUCAGGCAACUUCGGGGUUUCCUGGGCUUGGUGCAGUAUCUGCGGAAGUUCAUCGACAAACUCGCGAACUGGACGGCAAUCUUGGUCCCGCUGAUGCGGAAAGGGGCGCAGGUCGAUAAGGGCUGGACAAUGGAGCACGAAAAGGCCUUCAAAGCAAUCAAGGCAAUUGUUGGCAAGCUACCGUCACUGCACCCAAUUGACCGCUCAGAAGAAAGCGACCCACUGUGGCUGAUGACGGAUGCAAGCAACCAAGGCAUUGGCGCGGCGCUGAGUCAAGGUAAAGAGUGGCAGACGGCCAUACCGGUGGGCUAUUGGUCACGACAGUACAACCCGGCGGAACGCAACUACGUGGCGCAUGAGAUGGAACUACUGGCAAUUGUGGAGGCACUCCACCACUGGUGA